AUGGAACAGCGAACAACCAGCACCGACCACAUGGAACAGCAAACAACCAGCACCGACCACAUGGAACAGCGAACAACCAGCACCGACCACAUGGAACAGCAAACAACCAGCACCGACCACAUGGAACAGCGAACAACCAGCACCGACCACAUGGAACAGCAAACAACCAGCAGCCGCACCACACAUGGAAAAAACAACCAGCACCGAUCACAUGGAACAGCGAACAACCGCCACCGACCACAUGGAAAAACGAACAACCAGCACCGACCACAUGGAAAAGCAAACAACCAGCACCGACCACAUGGAACAGCGAACAACCAGCACCGAUCACAUGGAACAGCGAACAACCAGCACCGACCACAUGGAACAGCGAACAACCAGCACCGACCACAUGGAACAGCGAACAACCGGCACCGACCACAUGGAACAGCGAACAACCAGCACCGACCACAUGGAAAAGCAAACAACCGCCAUCGACCACAUGGAACAGCGAACAACCGGCACCGACCACAUGGAACAGCGAACAACCAGCACCGACCAAAUGGAACAGCGAAUAACCAGCACCGACCACCUGGAACAGCGAACAACCAGCACCGACCACAUAGAACAAAGAACAAUCGGUACCUACCACAUGGAACAAAGGACACCGACCACAUGGAACAGCGAACAAUCGGUACUUACCACAUAAAAUGA